CCUGUCCCAUAACCAUCUCCGUAGCCCUUCCCGGACUCCCUCCAGCCGCUCCAUGUCUCCCGCUCCCCGGGGAGCCCCGACCUGGGCGCAGCAGUGCAGGCGCUCCGAGGCAGGACCCCUCCCUCGUCCUGCAGUCACCCUUCUCCCAGCGCAGCCCAAGGUGCCAUCCACUUUCUCCACAGCCAGGGCACUGGCUCAUGGUCAGUUUCAGCGUCCACCAGGUCGUGGCAGUGACCCGAGGACGCCAUUUGCUGGCGGCUCCCAGCCCUCUGCCUUGCCGCACACGGGGCCUCCGGCUGCCGGCCGGCCCCAGCCUGCUGCUGCCUGCUGCGGAGCCCGGGGGCAGCCCCAGCCCUGCCGUUGGGACCGUUGGGAGCGUUGGGACCGUUGCCAUAUCGCGCGACGCCCACCCCUGCCCGCUCCCGCCAGAACAAGCGGGAGAGGCGGCUGCCGGGGGCGGCCUGCGGCCCUUGGGCGCUGGGCGGCUGGCAGGCGACAGAAGCUCAAAAUGGGUGAUGUUGAAAAAGGCAAGAAGAUCUUUAUUCAGAAAUGUUCUCAGUGCCACACAGUUGAAAAAAGUGGAAAGCACAAGACAGGACCAAAUCUUUGGGGUUUAUUUGGCCGCAGAACAGGACAAGCUGCAGGAUUUUCUUACUCAGAUGCAAACAAGAACAAAGGAGUUACCUGGAAUGAGAGUACACUGAUGGAGUAUUUGGAAAACCCUAAGAAAUACAUUCCUGGUACAAAAAUGAUUUUUGCUGGAAUUAAAAAGCAGAAUGAAAGAGCUGAUCUUAUUGCAUACUUGAAAAAAGCAACUUCUUCAUGAAACAUGGCUGCAGCAGCUGUAGUAAAAGUGAAAAUGCUUUUAAUUUUGAGUAGCUGCUAUGUCCGGUUUUAGCAUUUUGAUGUUUAUUGUUCAUUAGGGACUGGCCUUAGCAAAACCAAAGAAAUGUAUGUUUUAAGAUGCUGCAUCCUAAUAAAUAACACUGAGAGGUGAGCAUUACUUAUAUUGUGUCAUUUAGUAGUUCAUAGACCUUUGUGGACUGCACUACAGGAAAAUACUGUUCUUUUCUCUACGGAGGUCUGGGAGCCCAAUUCUGCAACUAGUUAUUCAAACGCUCACUAAAACUAUUAUUAUCUGGUUGUGGCGACAUAAAUAGGAAAACUCCUCUAAGUAUUAGAACUGAUGACUAAAUUAAGUUUUUCUUUUGGAGAAAAGCCCUCAGCAUUACCAUCUGGGAAGAAAGGUACUGUAUGCAAUAGACAGGAGAAUAUGAUCUUACAUUAAAAGAACACUGUAUGUAUAUGUAUAUCUUCUUGUUUUUAAAAUAUAACCCUGUUCACUGUGUUGUUAGUGUUCCUUCAAAUAUUAAAACAGCA